UCUGUGCGCUAAAAAGGGGCGCUGUCUCUUUAAGACGCUGUCAAAUCCGCUUACAGCUCAUCUGCAACCGUGGUUCUGUUUCUCCGUCUGUCAGUGCGUUCAGGCUCGCUGGGGAAACAGACGCGCGGUUCCGUUUGGAGACGGUUUUCUGUUUCGGUGAGUCUGAAAGUUUUAGUCCGAGCCAAAAUGGACUGGACUGUAAACUCAUUCGGAUAAGUCGUCCCUGAAGUUGGGAGAAUGAGUUGAGUUGCGCGCGACGGUUCCUCUCAGCUCGCCAACUCCUCCGCGCGCGCACUGCUUCAGCUGCUGCCGCUACUGCUCGUCGCUCGCUCGUUUUUCUCUUACGCGCACACACCGGAGGGUGAGGAGGGUUAUGGUGAACGGGUGAAAACUGCCCCCUCACCUCCCCGGGAGUGAACGGAGACGGGAAAAUGCAGAAGAGCGUCCGCUACAAUGAGGGCCACGCUCUGUACCUGUCCGUGGUGGCGCGCAAGGAGGGCACCAAGCGCGGCUACCUCAGCAAGAAGACGACCGAGAACAGCCGCUGGCACGAGAAGUACUUCGCCCUCUACCAGAACGUGCUCUUCUACUUCGACACGGAGCAGAGCGCGCGCCCCUCCGGCAUCUAUCUGCUCGAGGGCUGCACGUGCGAGCGCGUCCCCGCGCCCAAGGUGUCCACCGGCGGCAAGGAGACCCUGGACAAGCUGCAAUACUUCCUCAUUGUGUUUGGCCAUGAUGGGCAGAAGCCUCUGGAGCUGCGCACUGAGGAGGAAUCGGAAUGUGACGAAUGGGUGGAGGUCAUCCAACAGGCCAGUUACUCUGACAUCAUCAUUGAGCGUGAAGUGCUCAUGCAAAAGUACAUCCACCUGGUACAGAUUGUGGAGACAGAGAAGGUGGCGGCCAAUCAACUGCGCACACAGCUGGAGGACCAGGACACGGAAAUUGAAAGACUCAAAGCAGAGAUCAUAGCAUUGAACAAAACCAAGGAGAGAAUGCGUCCUUACCAGGUGAACCAAGAGGAGGAGGAUCCAGAUAUCAAGAAAAUUAAAAAGGUUCAGAGUUUCAUGCGAGGCUGGUUGUGUCGAAGGAAAUGGAAGCUCAUCGUUCAGGACUACAUCUGUUCUCCCCAUGCUGAGAGCAUGAGGAAAAGGAACCAGAUUGUCUUCAACAUGGUGGAGGCCGAGACUGAAUACGUCCACCAACUCUCUAUUCUAGUCAACUGCUUCCUCAGGCCGCUCCGCAUGGCCGCCAGCUCGAAGAAACCUCCCAUCAGCCAUGAUGACGUCAGCAGCAUUUUCCUGAACAGUGAAACCAUCAUGUUUUUGCAUGAGAUAUUCCACCAAGGCUUGAAGGCAAGAAUAGCGAACUGGCCCACGUUGGUUUUAGCUGAUCUCUUUGACAUCCUGCUGCCCAUGCUGAACAUCUACCAGGAGUUUGUACGAAAUCACCAGUACAGCCUGCAGGUUCUAGCUAACUGUAAACAGAACAGGGACUUUGACAAGCUGCUGAAACAAUAUGAAUCCAAUGCUGCUUGUGAAGGAAGAAUGCUGGAGACCUUCCUCACAUACCCCAUGUUUCAGAUCCCACGAUAUAUCAUAACCCUCCAUGAACUUUUGGCCCAUACACCGCAUGAGCAUGUGGAGCGGAAGAGUCUGGAGUUUGCCAAGUCCAAGCUUGAAGAGCUCUCCAGAGUGAUGCAUGAUGAGGUGAGUGACACAGAGAACAUCCGCAAGAACCUGGCCAUUGAGCGCAUGAUUGUAGAGGGCUGUGACAUCCUGCUGGACACCAGUCAGACAUUUGUAAGACAAGGCUCUCUGAUCCAGUUGCCCUCAGUGGAGAGGGGAAAGCUCAGUAAGGUGCGGUUGGGAUCUCUCUCUCUGAAGAAGGAAGGAGAGAGACAGUGCUUCCUCUUCACCAAACACUUCCUUAUCUGCACACGCAGCUCAGGAGGCAAACUGCACCUGCUCAAACAAGGUGGUGUGCUGUCCCUGAUUGAGUGUACCCUCAUUGAGGAACCUGAUGCCAGUGAUGAAGACUCUAAAACCUCAGGGCAAGUGUUUGGCCACCUGGACUUCAAGAUUGUGGUGGAGCCUGCAGAUGCUCCUGCUUUCACAGUGGUUCUUCUGGCUCCAUCACGGCAGGAGAAAGCAGCCUGGACGAGUGAUAUCAGCCAGUGCAUUGAUAACAUCCGCUGCAAUGGCCUAAUGACCAGUGUGUUUGAGGAGAACUCUAAAGUGACUGUGCCUCACAUGAUAAAAUCCGAUGCGCGUCUCCAUAAAGAUGAUGUUGACAUUUGCUUCAGCAAGACGCUCAACUCCUGCAAGGUUCCCCAGAUCCGCUAUGCCAGCGUGGAGCGGCUGUUGGAAAGGCUGACUGAUCUGCGCUUCCUUUCCAUUGACUUCCUCAACACCUUCCUGCACACCUACCGCAUCUUCACCUCUGCCACUGUGGUCAUGGACAAGCUAGCAGACAUCUACAAAAAGCCUUUCACCUCCAUUCCUGUCAGGGUUCAGUACCACUCAUUUGACCGCUUGUCCAUCACAUCCAUCUGUCCUGACUACAGCUUGAAGAUCAGGAAGAUAGCCCUGGACCAAUCAAAGUCCUUGGAGCUUUUCUUUGCUACCAAUCAGAACAACCGCAAUAGCAGCAGCGGCGACCACCCCAAUGAUAAAUCUCCCCGGCUGUGCCGCAAGUUUUCCUCCCCUCCGCCCCUUUCCAUCCCAUCUCGCACCAACUCCCCUGUCCGUGCCCGCAAGCUCUCCCUCAACUCUCCUCUCAACUCCAGAGUGGGCGCCUUGGACCUGUCCACUAACCCCACCUCCUACUCAGCUGCCAGCAGCCCCACCUCCGCCAACCCUACCACCUCCCCCCCACCCUCCAUAAACCCCCGCUCCCCACUGGAUCUGAGCCGUGGUCAGAGCCCAUCCUCGCCUGAACAGAGUCCCGGUGCUCAAGAUGACAAUGCUGAUGCUCCCCGUAUAGAUGCCCUCUGUGGAAAACUGCGCCGCAGCAUCAGGAGAGCUGUGCUGGAGUCAGUCUCACUGGAUAAGUUUAUCCCUGAGUCUCCUCAAGGCAGUGAAGCCGGAGAUCUCUCUCCUUGUCGAUCACCCUCAACCCCACGGCACCUGCGCUACAGAGGGCCCGGAGUCCCGGCGGCAGAGAACUCACGCUGUUCAGUGUCUCCAGCCUCCGCGUUCGCCAUCGCCACAGCAGCGGCAGGCCACAGCAGCCCUCCAGUUUUCAGCAACUCGGAGAGGAUGUGUGACAAAGAGUUCAUCAUACGAAGGGCAGCCACUAAUCGGGUUCUGAAUGUCCUCCGCCACUGGGUCUCCAAACACUCCCAGGACUUUGAGCUGAACAGUGAAUUGAAGAUGGGUGUAAUUGGCCUUCUUGAGGAGGUGCUGAGAGAUCCAGACCUGCUCCCUCAGGAAAGAAAAGCCACUGCAAACAUACUAAAUGCCCUUUCUCAAGACGACCAGGAGGAUGCUCAGCUGAAGAUAGAGGACAUCCUGCAGAUGGCUGAAUGCCCAAAGGCAGAGUGCUUUGAAUCACUGUCAGCGAUGGAGCUAGCUGAACAGAUCACUCUCCUCGACCACAUCAUUUUCAGGAGCAUUCCUUAUGAGGAGUUUCUGGGCCAGGGCUGGAUGAAGAUGGACAAAACUGAGCGAACCCCCUAUAUCAUGAAGACUAGCCAGCAUUUCAAUGAUAUGAGUAACCUGGUAGCCUCUCAGAUUAUGAGCCACACAGACGUAGGCUCCAGGGCCAGCUCCAUAGAGAAAUGGGUGGCAGUGGCUGACAUUUGCCGCUGCUUGAACAAUUACAACGGUGUGCUGGAGAUUACCUCUGCCCUGAACCGCAGCGCCAUCUACAGGCUAAAGAAGACAUGGGCUAAAAUCAGCAAACAGACAAAAGCUCUCAUGGACAAGCUACAGAAGACAGUAUCAUCAGAGGGACGAUUUAAAAACCUGAGAGAAACCCUGAAAAACUGUAAUCCACCCUGUGUCCCAUAUCUGGGGAUGUACCUAACAGACUUGGCAUUUAUUGAGGAGGGAACCCCAAACUUUACUGAAGAGGGUCUGGUGAACUUCUCAAAGAUGAGAAUGAUAUCUCAUAUCAUUCGUGAGAUCAGACAGUUUCAGCAGACGCCCUACAGAAUAGAGCACCAACCGAAGGUUACUCAGUACCUGCUGGAUAAGGCCUUGAUCAUGGAUGAAGACACGCUGUACGACCUGUCUCUGAAGAUUGAGCCCCGGCUUCCUGCUUGAACCUCAGCUUCUGCAGCAGGCAGCCAUUUCCAAACGUGCUUCUCUUUCACAAGGACGUGGUUUCUGUCUCGCAUUUGGUGCCGGAGUUAGGACGUGGGAGGGGAGAGUUGCCAGUGUGGAGACCAAAGGGUGAAUGAGUGAUGAGAGGAGACAGAAAAGUCAUAAUUUUUUCAGCACUUCAAGUGAAAAUUUCCUCAGUUGAAGUUCCAAUGAAGUGAAGCUGAAUGAGACAUGAGCUAAGUGCACAGCCACUGUCUUGCAGGUCGAGGGUCAAGUGAGUGUUAAUGGUCAAAGCAAUGAACAGAGGAAUAUGUAACUAAGAGAAUGAAGAAUGUUGAUGUGAAAAGAAGAAAUGUAGCAUGUACAGUAGUAGAACUCUAUGCCAGAACUUACACAGUGUGUUGUGGUAAGGAUUUGCUGUAGAGGCUCAAGAUCUGUUCUCUAAUAGGUCAAUGAUGGUGACUUGGUGCAUGAACUAGACUGUGGGUUCUCUCCAUGUUUUUUUGCCUUCCUUAAGUUUGUCAUUAGCCAUUCCCAAUACAUUUGCCACAGGACAGUUACAGCAAACCAAAACAGAUUGUUAUUUUAAUGGGUGAGUUUGAAAAGAAUCCAGAAGUACAGUAGCUUUUUACAGAUUUCUCCAGUUAGAGAGGAUAUUUUAUGCAGAUUGCGCAGCUUAUUUUUCAUAAUGACCCCCCGAAUGUUAUUAUAAUAUUGAAAAGAUAAAGAAAAGGAAUUUAUGGAAAUUUGAAAAUUAUUAUUAUUAUUAUUAUUAUUAAAUGCUUAUAAGGUGCCUUUUUGCCAGUAUAUGAAAAAAAAAUGUUGUUGAUGCAACAGUCGUUACAUAGGAUAUUUAGUCAUUGUAGCAAACUGAUGUCCAAUUAUAUUAAAAUGUAUCUUCAGAAAUAUUUAUUCCAGCACUCUAGUCUUGGCUUGCAAAGUGUAAGCCAGUUAAAUUUGAAGAUACACAGAUACCUGACAAAGUAAAGGAAAAACCAACAUAACCUAGUAAGUUAUUGGGCCACUACAACCCACCAGAACAGCUUGCACCUUGGAAUAAAUUUUACAAGUCUCUGUAAUUGUACUGGAGGUAUGGAACACCAUUUUUCCUGAAGAUACUUCCAAAAUUGAUCUUUUGAUGAUAAUGGUAGAGCGCACGCUCUAACACAUCAGUUAAAAAUCUCCCAUAUAGGUCGAAGGACACGGCAUGAUUUACCUCAUUUUCAUAUUUACCAAACCCUUCAGUGACCUCUCAUGCCCUGUGGCUAGUACAUUAUCAUCCAAGAUGAGAUCUCUUCCAUCAGAAUAGAAUAGUUUCAUCAUCAUCAGAAUAUCUUUGUAUAGCUUUGCAGUGACCUUUCUGUCUAAAGGGACAAGUGGAACCAAACAAUGCCUGCAAAAUGCCCCCACAGCAUAACAGAGCCAGCGGACACCCUUCACUGUAGGUCUCAAUCAUUCAGCCUAUACAGAUGUCUUGGUGUAUGCCACACAUGCACUUGCCCCCUUGUGGAGCAUUGAAUGUGCACUUUCAGCCACAAUUUCAGCCCUGUUUACUGAUGUCUCUCCAAUAGAUCUAAAUAUAGAUGUCAUUUUAGUGUUUAACAGUCUUUUCCAAAGUCCAAAACUUACUGCUGUGCUACACAUACUAUACUAAUGAAUGCAUUUCUAAUGUUCUCAUGGUAGUGUACUCUUUUUGACAUUGUAUUUAAUGUGGUAGUAUGUAGUUUGGUAACUUAAGCUUCUGCCAUUAGUGCCCCAAUAAUGAACCCUUUUUCACAGGGCGGUCGUGGGCUGGAGGUUAGGGAACUGGCCCUGUGACCCGGAGGGUUGCCAGUUCAUGACUGCACAUGCCCAGCGCUGACAGUACAUGACUGAGGUGUCCUUGAGCAAGACACCUAAACCCCAACUGCUCCCUGGGUGCUGUGGAUAGGGCUGCCCACCGCUCUGGGCAACUGCCCCCUAGUGUGUGUGUGUGUGUGCGCGCUCACUGGUGUGUAAUGUGGUGUUUCACUUCACGGAUGAGUUAAAUGUGGAGGUGAAAAUUCCCUGUUGUGGGACUAAUAAGUAUCACUUAACUUUUCAUUAUGUCGCUUCCUGACAACACGAUCCAAAAUCAAGGUCACCAUGGUAGGAUGCUAAGUGCAUAUUUGUACCAGUACACAGUAAACAGUGCAAUGUUGCUUUGUUGCUCCAGUCAUUUAUUCUGGUUUUUCCUUUAAUUUGUUACCCAUCUGUAUGUUAUUGUCAGCAAGGUAUGUCCAUCAAAAAGUAAAAAAAAAACUUACACUUUACAGAAAAUUAUUGAAAAAUAUGUUUAAAGUAGGGUCAGCGUGUAGCAGUGAACACAAGCAAUGCUUAGGUCAUAUUUUGCACUUAUAAAGUAUCAGAGCUAAUACCAUGUUGAAAGUCAGUGAUCCAAGGACGUACCUUUGGCUUACUGGUGAACAUGUUUCUAAAUGCAGGAUGGACGCUGAGUGUUCUGCAAGCCACCUGCUCAGUGUAACUGGUUGACUCCUUACACUACAGUAUAAGCUCAAACCUUUCUAUCAGUUUGCAUGUGACAGACCAUGUUUGCAUGCUGGAAAACUACAUUGCGAGAGAUGUUUUUUUGUGUUGAUGUUUCAUAGCUGCUGUAUAGUCUCUUUUUUUCUCAAAACCUCAACAGAAUGAUUGAUUUUUCAUUGGACUGCACUUUUUUCCACUCCUAGGGGCAUGAAAGCUGGAAUUUGAUAUGCAUAUUGUUGGCAGAGAACUGUCAAAACUGGCCAUAAAUAUAUAUCUACCACUGUGCUGUAUGAAGACAACGAUCAUUUUGUCUGACAACUUUUUUUGGCUAGGUUUAUUUCUCCUCUUAGUGUGGAUGUAUACAUUAAAGGCAGUGGGUUGUGGGUUAAGGUGGGAGCAGGUCCGCAAUGGGUGGGUUGCACUUUCAGCAAUGUAGCGUUGCUUACCUGAGUGUUUAAUAGUAGUAUUUAUUUCUUGAUGUAUUUAUUUGACCCUUUUCUGUAUAUAAUAUGUCAUUUAUGGGUUUAUGUUGUGGUGAUUUUUUAAAAAAUGUAAUACUUUGGUUUGGCAAGCACUUCUAGUGUACUGUUCCACUUUGCAAACUAGGCAAAAGAAAUGUAGCAUAUCAGAUUAAUUUUCAGUCCCUUUGUUUUUUUUUUUUUUUUUUUUUAUGAAUUCAGUGUCCUGUAGUAACGUGCACAGAGCAUUGCUGUUGUGCGCUGCAUGUUGGUGCAUGUCCAAGCAGGAUUCCUCAUGUGAAAUGCUUUUUGUAUGAUGUUGAUACGAUUUGUCCUCUUGCUAUAUAUUUAUUUUUUGCUUACUGGUUCUUUCAGAGAAUGUAUAGCUUCAGCACUCUAUGCUUUCAUUUCAAAUAAAAAUGAAUAAGUGAGU